ACCGAUGGGUAGAGAUGGCUAAAUACGAGAUCUCUUAUGACAAAGAUUUUUGCCCCAGAAUAUUUAAGCAAGAUGGCGCGGUGAUCCCGGUCCGGAUCUCUCCUUACCUCUUACCCUCACCACCCAUCUCCAAUUACAAGCAAUGGCAACCGGCGAUAUCGGUCUCAUUGGUUUGGCCGUCAUGGGCCAAAACCUUAUUCUCAACAUGAACGACAAGGGAUUUAACGUCGUCGCGUAUAACCGUACCACCUCCAAGGUCGAUGCGUUCCUUGCUAAUGAAGCCAAGGGGACCAAGAUCCAGGGCGCGCACUCCAUCGCUGAGCUCAUCUCCAAGCUCAAGAAGCCCCGCAAGAUCAUCUUGCUCGUCAAGGCUGGCCCUGCCGUCGAUGACUUUAUCUCUCAAUUGAUCGCCGGCGGCCUGGAGCCUGGCGAUAUCGUCAUCGACGGUGGAAACUCCCACUACCCCGAUUCUAUCCGUCGCACGCAGGAGCUCGAGUCCAAGGGUUUCCUGUUCGUUGGAUCUGGUGUCUCUGGUGGUGAGGAGGGUGCCCGUUACGGUCCCUCUCUGAUGCCUGGUGGAUCUACGGCUGCAUGGCCCGCCAUCAAGGAGAUCUUCCAGAAGACCGCUGCUCAGGCUUACGGCGAGCCCUGCUGUGACUGGGUUGGUGAGACCGGCUCGGGUCACUACGUCAAGAUGGUCCAUAACGGCAUCGAGUACGGUGACAUGCAGCUGAUCGCUGAGGCCUACGACAUCCUCAAACGUGGUCUCGGUCUCAGCGAGGACGAGAUCGCCGACAUCUUCUUGAAGUGGAACAAGGGCGUUCUUGAUUCGUUCCUCAUCGACAUCACCGCCAACAUCCUCAAGUUCAAGGAUGAUGACGGUGAACCAGUCGUGGCGAAGAUCCUCGACAAAGCCGGGCAGAAGGGUACCGGCAAAUGGACUGCCAUUGCUGCCCUUGACGCAGGAACUCCCGUGACGCUUAUUGGUGAAGCCGUGUUCGCUCGGUGUCUUUCGGCCAUCAAGGAGGAGCGUGUCCGAGCCAGUAAAAUCAUGGACGGCCCGAAGAAGGAGCCUUUCCGCGGUGACAAGCAGCAGUUCAUUGACGAUCUGGAACAGGCGCUCUAUGCGUCGAAGAUCAUCUCGUACACUCAAGGCUUCAUGCUGAUGCGUGAAACCGCGAAGGAGCUCAACUGGAACCUGAACUACGCUGGGAUUGCCAAGAUGUGGCGUGGAGGAUGCAUCAUCAAGAGUGUUUUCCUGCGUGACAUCACCGCUGCCUAUGUCAAGACCCCCGAGCUUGAGUCGCUGCUCUUCGACGACUUCUUCGGGUCUGCCAUCCGCACCGCCCAGCCCGGCUGGCGUCGUGUUGUUGCCCAGGCUGUGCUGUGGGGUAUCCCGCACCCCGCUUUCAGCACUGCUCUUGCCUUCUUUGACGGCUACAGGAGCGAGGUUGUCCCUGCCAACCUGCUGCAGGCCCAGCGUGACUACUUCGGUGCUCAUACUUUCCGUGUUCUGCCCGGGAAGGAGAACGACCGCUUCAAGUCUGGCGAAGACAUUCACGUCAACUGGACUGGCCGAGGAGGCAAUGUAUCUGCAUCAACUUAUCUCGCGUAGAUGCUUGGCUCAUCCCUCCAGACGAAAGUCGUUCCCUUUCUUUAGAUGGUGAUAGAAGAAGCAGUGAAACGACAAUCAAGUGUACGCCUAUCCAUGUCAAAACAAUCAAAUGAAAUGUUGUCCUACCUGUCACGUGUCUAUACCAUAUCGAUAAGAGCCUCAGAGUACAUCAUUCCGCGCUUGGACUUGACCAACACCAUCAUGUGUGGUAUUUUCUGCUGCGUUCGCAGCGCACGCUUCGACUCUCCCGACUUGAGCAACCUCUGUGACAGUUUGAAAGCGACCGACGCUGCUCGGGGGCCCGAUUCACAGAGCACAAAACGAGUGGUCACACUGGACCGCAGCGUUUUAAUCGAUCUGUUUGCCUCAGAGCUGCAUCUCCGGGGCUGCAGUCCAGUCCUUCAGCCUCAUGAGCAGGACGGGAACAUCUUGUGCUGGAACGGAGAAAUAUUCGACGGGAUGAAUGUAGCAUUGGAUGAGAACGACGGCACCCGAUUGUUUGAUUCGCUUCGGCAAUUGGAUACACUUCAGGCAGUCCAUGAUCUGUUUGCGACCAUUGAGGGCCCAUACGCAUUCGUGUUCUACUCUACAGCCAAGCAGCGACUUUUCUUUGGCCGAGACCCACUUGGUCGGCGCUCGCUUCUCUUGCAUCGACCCGACACAGAAAAUCCAUACCUCCUGAUCUCGUCAGUUUCUCUAGGCCAGGAUCCGAGAACGCGUUUCGAGGAAGUCUCGACGGAUCACCUUCACUGCAUAGAACUAGAUUGUUGGGGCGAUGAUGCGGAGAAUUGCAUGAUUCGCCUGCGACGCACCGGAGGCCGUUAUAGCGAACUGGCGAAAAUCAACAGACAAUUGCCGCUAGACGAUCUACCUAUUGGGCCUGAUCAUGCGUUGUUGACACGGCCUGUAGACGAAUUGAUCAGCUUGCUGGACCAAAGUGUGCGGCUCCAGAUGCAGAACAUACCGGCGCAGACUAAACAAAGGCUCUUCAAGAUUGGCUGUCCUAUUCAGUGGAGGUAUCGACUGCACGAUCCUCGCAUUCUUGGCGCAUAGAUAUAUUCCUCUCGAUGAACCAAUAGAUCUCCUUAACGUCGCAUUCGAAAAUCCGCGCAAGAUCAAGUUCAGUGACAACCACCAAUCGUACAUGGUCCCAGAUAGAGUGACUGGCCUUGAAGAGGUCGAAGAACUGCGGAGACUUUGCCCUCGAACUUGGAAUUUUGUCGAGAUUGAUGUUCCAUAUGAGGAGUCCCAAGCGGCAAAGACCGCUGUAGAGAACCUCAUGUUUCCGAGCCGAACUGUGAUGGAUUUGAGUCUGGCGUUAGCACUCUAUUUUGCCUCCAGGGGAGUCGGUCUUGUCCAAGAUGGGCCAGGAAUGGAAAGACACAAUUACACCUCCCCGGCACGCGUGCUGUUGAAUGGUCUGGGCUCUGACGAGCUGCUCGGUGGGUACGGACGGCAUCGCAGCGUUUAUGAAUCCGGUGGGUGGAGUGCACUGGUCGACGAGCUUCAGCUGGAGAUCGAUCGGAUACCACUGCGAAACUUGGGGCGGGAUGACCGAAUGAUAUCUUGUCAUGGAAAAGAGGCGCGACACCCUUUCUUGUCUCUGGAUGUGGUGGCUCGAGUGGCUGCGUUGCCGAUCCAUUUCAAGUUGGAUCCACGCUUGGAGCUGGGUGUUGGUGACAAGAUGCUUUUGAGGCUGGCAGCUAAGAAGUUGGGAUUAUCCCAGGCCAGCAGUAGGAAAAAACGCGCUAUGCAAUUUGGCAGCCAUUCCGCCAAAAUGCACGGCGAGAGGCGCGGAGAAGCGGAGAUUUAGACGAGUGGUCGUUGCACUGGAUUAUUUAGAUAACUAAAGGGCUGGCCCAAGUUGUGAUUGUGAAUUGGUGCAUAUCAUUGCGGGGCAGUCAUGGUGGCUCGGUCUAGUCUCUUUGACGUUCCAGGAGGAUACCAGGCUGUCAUGUUUGACCGUUUCUCGGGAGUGCAAGAGCAGUCCAAGAAAGAGGGAACACACUUCCUGGUCCCUUGGCUCCAAAGAGCUAUCCUGUAUGACUGCCGAAUCAAACCACGCAAUAUCUCUACAACCACUGGCUCCAAGGAUCUACAGAUGGUGACCAUAACACUUCGGGUUCUUUCGCGACCAGACGACAAACACCUUUCCAAAAUCUAUCAAAGCCUGGGCUUGGAUUACGAUGAACGUGUGCUGCCGUCCAUUGGUAACGAAGUCUUGAAAGCUAUUGUGGCUCAAUUCGACGCUGCAGAGCUCAUUACUCAACGUGAAGUGGUAUCUUCGAGAAUUCGCGCUGACUUGUUGCAACGUGCGGGGGAAUUCAACAUAAAGCUCGAGGAUGUGUCUAUCACGCAUCUUACCUUUGGCAAGGAAUUUACACAAGCUGUUGAGGCAAAACAGAUCGCACAACAAGAUGCCGAGCGUGCCAAAUUCGUGGUCGAAAAGGCAGAACAAGAGCGUCAGGCUGCUGUGAUCCGGCUGAGGGUGAAGCUGAAGCUGCUGCCACCAUCUCGAAAGCUCUCGAAAGGGCAGGGGAAGCGUUUGUUACUUUCCGCAAAAUUGAAGCGAGCAAAGCAAUCGCCCAAUCCCUGUCGAGCAACCCGAAUGUUAGUUAUGUCCCUAGUAGUAGCGGUAAUGUACUGCUCCAAGUCCCAAGUAAAAAGUAGGACUCGGACGCGUAUCUAUCAUGAACUUGGCCUCUCAAAUCAUUUCGGAAUUUUUAGGAUGACGUUCUUUGUCACCUGAUUGUGACUAAUCACUCGUCACUAGCAAGCGCUGCUUUUGCACUCUGUCUCGACCACGCGCGCGUUGAAGGAUCUCGGUUUCGUCCUUUUUCCUCUCUCUCUCUCUCGUCUCCUCCUCUAUUUCCUUUAUCUGACGGACUCUAAUCCUCUGUCCUCUGUAUUGCUCCCUCUGGUCCUUUUCAUCAUUCUCUUUCCUCUUCUAUAAGUCAAACAUGAAUAUGAUGAGUGCGGCUGAAGCUCCGCGACGGGCUCACCUUUACGUCGGAAACCUCAGUCCUCGCGUCACUGAGUACAUGCUCACCGAGAUCUUUGCCGUCGCUGGACCUGUGCAACAUGUGAAAAUCAUCCCUGACCGCAACUACCAGCAUGGUGGUCUCAACUACGGUUUCGUCGAGUACAUGGACAUGCGUGCCGCAGAGACCGCCCUGCAGACCUUGAACGGGCGCAAAAUCUUCGAUACCGAAAUCCGCGUCAACUGGGCUUACCAGGGCCAACAGAACAAGGAGGACACUACCGGACAUUACCAUGUCUUCGUCGGUGAUCUGAGCCCGGAAGUUAACGACGAGGUGCUCGGUAAAGCGUUCAGCGCCUUUGGUACCAUGUCCGAUGCCCGAGUGAUGUGGGAUAUGAACUCUGGCAAGUCUCGUGGGUACGGAUUCCUCGCCUUCCGCGACAAGACCGACGCGGAGCAGGCCAUCGCGACGAUGAACGGGGAAUGGCUUGGGUCUCGCGCGAUUCGCGUGAACUGGGCAAAUCAGAAGACCCAAGGUGGUUUGCCGCAACCCGGCCUGCCGAGCAGCAUGGCUGGAGCGAUGUCGUCCCCUCGUCCCACCGGCGGAGUUUCGUCCCCCAUCAGCAUGGGCAGUGCCCCUGCCCCGAUGAACUUCCAGGGUGGACCUCUGUCUUACGAAUCUGUGCUGCAGCAGACACCAGCUUACAACUCUACCGUCUAUGUUGGCAACCUCGUCCCAUACUGCACCCAGGCUGAUCUCAUUCCGCUCUUCCAAUCCAUUGGUUAUCUCUCCGAGAUCCGGAUGCAGGCUGAUCGCGGUUUCGCCUUCGUCAAACUUGACACUCACGAGCAUGCCGCCAUGGCCAUCGUCCAGCUACAAGGCCAGAACGUUCAUGGCCGGCCUAUCAAGUGCAGCUGGGGCAAGGACCGGGCCGACGGUGCCGUUGCCCAACCGAUGAGUCCAACUACGGGCGCCACUCCCUACGGCAACAUGCCCAUGUAUACUUUGCCCUCCGCUGCCUCCUAUGGCCAGUAUAACUUCAGUGGGUACCCCGGUUUCGCCAACCAAGCUGGCGCCGGUGCGCCUGGGUCUCCUGGCAUGGGACAGCCUGGGGGUGGCGCGGCUUCUGGAUUGGGAGGUGCCGGUCCCGCUGGCGCCGAUCCCAAUGCUCUCGCAGCUCAAGCUGGCCAGGCUCAGUGGGGUGGCGACCCCAGCUCGUACUACUCCAACUACUGGGGUGGUUACUAUGGUCAGCAGGGCCAGGGUGCUGAGUCUCAGAUGCAAGGCGCUCCCUAAAUGUACUAAUAGAUACUGAACUCUGCUCCUCUCCUUACCAAGUGUAGCUCCAUCGUCACUGCAUCACUUUUCUUUCUCUACCUUGUGUACUGAGCCCUUGUGUACUGAGCACUUUCUGAUAUUCUUGCCCUUUCAUGCAUGUAUCUCCGAUUGAAACAAAGAAAAGCGAGACACCUAGGAUAUAUGUACAACACAGGGUAUGGAUGUUAGGCAAUAUCUGGCUCCUUCUCGUCCACGAUCAACCAUUCGGCGUCAGAUCCACGGCCUUCUCCGCUGGAGAUAUGGUCCCAUUCUUCGUCUCCGUCAGGAUCUCCCCCUCCCCGGCAUCCUCGUUUCCCGACAGUGACGAUUGUGAGACAGAGUCGAGCCCAUUCGUGGGAUCUCCAGAAUUACCGCGCCAAGUUAGGACUGAAUGUCGCGAACGCAUAUUUUCGUACGCCUGGUCAUUGGACUCGUUCAUGGCGUUCGCCUCUACUUGCUUCGCAUCCAACCAACGUUGGAGAAGUUUCGCGUUAUCCUUCUGUAGAAUGGUGUUCCGUUCUUCGAUCUGCCCGAGCUCGAGCUGCAGCGUACUGAUCUCAUCGUGCAAGAUCUAUAAUAAGUCAUGCAGACGUUAUGACUUCGCAGAUAUGACACAGGGCAAAUAGUACGUACCUGGACCGUUCGAUCCUUCUCAGCCAUGAACUCGCUAUGCUGCUCAAUCUUGCGUCGGAGGACAACGACCUCGUCUCUCGUUUUCCUCAGAUUUUCCGAAUCCACGCGCGAGAGCUCUUCUUUCUCCCGAAGCGUUUCGUUCAUUGCCAAGAGACGCUGAGCAUUUUGGCCUUGAGUUUUAUAAAGAGCUGCCAGCUCGUCACCCAAAGAAGAUAUUUGGGAUUCUAAGGAAGCCAUGUACGCAGCGAGGACCGGAUUUCUAGAAAAAUCAGAUGAUUAGAUUGGUCGAAUAAGACACUUACUCCUCAGCAGUAGUCGAUAAACCUGUGGAGGUACCCGGCGUACUUGGUAAAGACUUGACUGAGCCCACCGCGCGCAGUAAGGACGCAUUCCGCUCCUUCAAAAGCUUGGCCUGCUGUGCCAACUUGCGGUCUGGAUCAGGAUGAGCUGGAACACAUGUGCAGGCUGACAGAAUGGUUCACAUUGCUCGAUAAUCGGCGAAAACGAGGAUUCGCGGACAUUGCGUUCCGUUAGUCGAAGUCGCAAGACUUCCUGCCAGGCGGGCUCAGCCAUCUUGCGCACGGGUUCAAGCACAAGAUGAUCCUGAUUGGCCUUGUUGUGCUCUGCACGCAAUCUGACGAACAGCCACUCUACCGUUAUCACUCUCCGCUCACCAUGGGUCGUGUUCUCCUUAAGGUUAUCAUUCUCGGCGACAGCGGCGUCGGCAAGACCUCGCUCAUGAACCAAUAUGUAAACAAGCGGUUCAGCAACCAGUACAAAGCUACAAUUGGAGCCGACUUUCUGACAAAAGAAGUCAUGGUGGAUGACCGCCUCGUCACCAUGCAGUUGUGGGAUACCGCUGGUCAAGAGCGCUUUCAGUCUCUUGGUGUCGCUUUCUACCGUGGCGCAGACUGCUGUGUGCUGGUGUAUGAUGUCAACAGUGCCAAGUCCUUCGAGACUCUCGACAGCUGGCGGGACGAGUUUCUUAUUCAGGCGAGCCCUCACGAUCCGGAAAACUUCCCCUUCGUAGUUCUGGGCAAUAAGAUUGACGUGGAGGAGAAUAAGCGACAGGUCACCCAGAAGCGUGCUAUGACGUGGUGUCAGUCCAAGGGCAACAUUCCUUACUUCGAGACAUCCGCGAAGGAGGCGAUCAACGUGGAGCAAGCAUUCCAAACCGUGGCCAAGAACGCACUGCAACAGGAACAGGAAGAAUCGCUGUUAGACCCAUAUCCUGUUGUCGAUUUGAACCCCCCUUCUGACAGAUUCUCCUCCAACAGAUGUGACGCCGAGCCCGGGGCUCUUGCUGACUACAUACUCGCGCUUCUCAAGCAUAACGUUCCAGAACCGGAGAUGAGGAAGGAGUUAACGGCGCAACUAGAAGAGUUUUUGGAAAAAGAAUGCCCACGAUUCAUCGACACAUUAUUCACCGCUCUCCGCACCAAGUCAUAUCUUCCUUACUCCGUCGACUCGUCGUCCGGCAUUGGUAUACCAAUACCUGUCGGUGGCUCAUCGGUCGAGCGAUCGCGGAAACGCGGUCUUGAGGAUGCGGAGAUGGAUGGUCAGGGUCCGGCCAAGGGUCCGAGGCUCAGCAAUGAGGGCCAAUUCUCUCGCUAUUCGAAUGGCCGUGGGGGUCCGGCAACGGGCGUCUGGGGCCCUCAUGUUGACGCUCAAAUGUAUCGGGAUAUGUCAGCACAUAUGGCCAUGGGGAUGAACGGAGGUGGGAUUACCACAACAGACAAUGGGUAUUGCUCCCGAGGGGCGUACUGCAAGUUCAGUCACGGCGAGGACGCUGUAGUGCCCAGUCAGCUUUUCCCGAUGAACGGCAAUAACAUGGGUGGAGGAAAUAUGCCAUUCAUGCCCAUGUUCCCGGGCAAUGGUUUUGGGAUGAACGGAGGAGGGUCAGGCCCGGCUUACGAUCCGAAUGAAGCUCGCAUGGACAUGCCGAUGAAUGGAGCUGCCCGUCCACAACCCAGAGCUCCAGUCAUGCCAAGAGCUCAUCCAGAAAAUGCACGAAUGCAUCAGUCUGGAGAACUACCCGUCAUCCAAGAUCUCACGCCACAGGUCGACCAGAAUGCGCCCGAUGCAAUAGCCGCAGGGCAAAUCACUGCACAGUCUCCGCAAAACCACAUCCCCACAUUACCUUCAGAUCUCAUUCCCGCUUUCGCAGGGCCAUCGAGCGGCACAUCCUCUUUUUCGAUGGAUGUGGACGGGUCAAUGCAUCACAACUCCAAUUUCCGUGGCGGUUCACGAGGACGAGGCAAAGGGACCUUCCAUGGGGACGCACACAAGUUCAACAACACAGAACGUCGAAGCGAUAAGACUCUGGUGGUCGAGAAAAUACCAGAAGACAAGCUCACCUUGGAUCAAGUGAACGAGUGGUUCAAGCGAUUUGGAGUUUUUGCCACGCAUGAAGAAGCAUACACUGCAUGGAAAUCGGAGGAUGCUGUGUUCAACAAUCGAUUCGUCAAAGUGUUCUGGCAUCGUCCGAUGGAGGGUCACGGACAAACGGGUCAACGAAUGCUUGCCGCGUCGGGACCGCUUGUUGGACCGAAGAAAGAGGUGCCUCCGGUCGCGCCUCCUCCAAACAAACCGACUGCCGCCGCCUCUCUCGCUGCCAAGCACCAGCUGCUCGAGAAACAAAUCGCAGAGCAAAAGACGCUUAUUGCGUCUCUGACCUCGGCGACUUCGGGCGAUGAAAAGAAGGAUAUCAUGGCUCGGCUUCGCAAGCUGGACGAAGAGAUGACCGCAACGUCUGCUAUCUCGGUGCCGGCACCGAAGAGUCAGGACACAGAGAAGAAGGAGCGUGAUCGGUUGGACAAGGAGCUCGACCAACACGCAGCUCAGAGCAAUGAAGAAGAAUCCUCUGAAGAUCUGAAAGCCAAACUGGAGCGUCUGAAAGCAGAGGCUGCCAGUCUGGGAUUAUCUGAAACCGGCCAUGACGGUAGCUGGAAUGGGGCAUAUCGUCCAUAUCGAGGUCGUGGCCGAGGUGGCCGCAGCUAUUAUCGAGGAGCAGCGAGAGGCGGACCUCCUCGGGGCAGUAUGAAACUCGACAACCGACCGAAAACACUCGUUGUGAAAGGUGCGAAAGAGGACAGCCUGCAGUCCGUGCGAGACUGGUUCGAGACGACUGGACAAGUCUCUUCCGUGGACACCGCGGAGAAUGGCGACAUCUUCGUCUCCUUCAAAAGCCGCAGCGGUGCUGAGCAAGGCCUGGCCAAGGGCAACAACAUUUCUCUUGUCGGAAACGUGCAAAUUUCGUGGCAGAAUGGGCCGGGUCCAAUUCUGCCCGCAACGUUGCCGGCAGCGAAAAACCACGAGACAGCCCCGUCGGAAGAGUUGAUGGACGAUGGUCCGGUGGAAGAAGAAGUCGCCAGCGGAUGGGGCGAUGCCGAAGAAGACAACUGA